AUGGAUUUUCCAGUUCAGAUGCCCCAUGAUGAUGUUCCUAGGUUUGAGUCUGAUUCAGUGCCUGUCCUCAACAGAACAGACCAUGGACUUCAUGGAAGCAUUUCUGAUUUGUUGAGGGACAAAGACUGGCUGCAUCAGUUUACAGACUUUCAUUUACAGAUGGAGGCAGUAGUCCACAGAGCACGACAAGAAACUGUUAAUAAACUGGAUGCAGACCUUGUGUCAACUGGUGAUUUGGAAAUGAAAGUUCUAAAUUAUUUUUCAUUUUCAAAACAGUCUGAAUUACCGAAACCUUUAAUUAAAGCAGGACAAGACAGUGUUGUUUUAACUAACAAGAAAGAGUUAAAAAGUUUUCAAAAGAAGGAAUACAAGAACAGUGUGAAGGCAGGUGCAAGCACUGUAAAAAGACAUGACAUGAUUCAAGAAAAAAUUUCUUCUUUCAGUUCUCAACAGCAGAGGUCAGUGAGUGCUAACAAAAUCAAUAAUGCCCAUACUUUAGAGGCUCUGGCAGAGAAGACAUUAUUUGGUGAAGGUCUUGUGAUAGGGGAGGAAGAUGGUGUAGUGGAAGAUCUCACUGAAGAAGAUUUAGAGAGGAUUGAUGCUACAACAAAUCUUGAUGCAGAAGACUCAGAAUUGAAAGUGCCCAAAGCAAAAAGAAAAACUCAGAGAAAUUAUAAUGAGGAUAUAGCAAAGCACCAUGAUGAGGCUAGACGGAUCCAUCUAUUCAAUCAGGAUAUCUUGCCUUUCAUAGAAAGUUGUUGCUUUGCUGGACUGGAGUCUGUGGCUUACAACCUGCUGAAUGUGACUCACUACAGGCAGAUUAAUACCAUUGAGUCGCCAGAAAAAUUUCGCAUCCAAAAUAUUGCAGUUUACAAUUGCCUCAUGCACGCGUGGGCAAAGAAGGGCGAGCUUUCACGUAUUCAGCAGCUAUUCACUAUUAUGAAGAAAAAUGGCAUCCAUCCUAACAUGCAGAGUUAUGCAGCUUGUUUGGAGUGUAUUGGUCGGCAUGUUGAUAUUGAUGUUGCCCUCGGCAACAGGAUUUUGGAGGACAUGAAAAAGGAGUUUUCAAAGCGACCAGUUGUUAUCCAUCUAGCCUGCUCCAAACUUUGCGUCAGGAAGAAAAUUGAUGACACGCACACAGCAGAAAUAAUUUGGAAGGGGAUUGUUCCAAGGGUAUCAGAAGCAAGCGAGUCGAAAAUGAAGCAAAAAGCUUUUCAACGUGUGUAUCUUCAGAAAGAUGAGAGAAAAGUCAUCCACAAGGUUAUUCUCUCUCUAGAUCCUGACUAUGUAGCUUCUCCGGCUCCUGACCCUUUUCCACCCUCUGGGCCACUUUUAGAUGGCUUAGAAACGUCUUGGCCCAAAGACAAGGUGGUGGAGAAAAACCCUUAUGCAGGUGUGUUACCUUUGGACCAACUGCACCAACAAGCAGAGACCCAACUGGAACGAGAACGUCAUGGAUCUCUGAUAGUCAGUUCCAUUUUAAAACAGUUACCACCAAACAGCAGGACACAGGAUUGUAGAAAUAAGCUAGAAGAGUUAAAAGAGGAAUGGCGUAAACUCCUGAUAGAUGGCUUUGAGAAGAAAGUUCGCCUGUUUGAACGCAAGCAGACAAAGGCGUAUGACGUGACAUUAUACCCAUAUCUUAAGUUGCUCCCACCUCAAGAUUAUGCUCAGUGCAUUUUACAGGAAAUAGAUGAAAUGGGUCUAUCAUCUGAAUCAUUCAGUCCAAAGAAAUCAGUUUUAUGGCUACGGCUGGGCACUCGUGUCUUCAACAAGUACAUCCUUGUGGAUAAAGUGCAGAGUGAGGUGGCCAAAAAGGUUAGUGCCUUAUACAAGAUAUACAUGGACGACUACAACAAUCCUGAGCUUGACCUUGACUCACACAGGCAGCGUUGGCAAACCAUUAUGAACAGGAUGCCAGAUGGUCCUUCACUAGAUGUACCAGAAAAGAUUUGGACAAACCAUGUGCUCUAUGGACUAGGUAAAUUGCUAUAUGACCUCAUCUUAAAUGACCUGAAGAUCAACAUAAAUAUACUGAAAAAUCCAGAGUCUAAAAGGGAGAUGGUACAUGCAUUCUAUACCAUCAUGCGCUCUAGAAUGAAGCGUCAUGCAGUAGAGGUCAAGGUACACCAAUACUGUUGAAACUUUACAAAUCAGCAGAAAUUGACAAGUUGACCUUUGAUACGACCUUUCUCCCUAUGCUGGUUCCACCAGUGCCUUGGAUAUCCACAGGACAUGGAGGAUAUCUGCUCAAUGCAGUUCGUCUUGUCCGCCUUCCACAUGAAGCUCAGAUGCAGACUGACAAAUUGCAAGAAAAGACCGCCGAUUCAAAAUUUGUUUCAGUUCUUGAUGCCGUCAAUACACUCGGUGCUUGUGCGUGGACGAUUAAUAAGCAG